AUGUCCGGAGAACCCGUCGACACCAGUUCUGAAGGCUCAGCUGGAAUAAUCCACGCUGCCAACUUCAGCUUCACUUUCAACGCGACAAACCGCUCCUCCGGCGACUACUCUCACCCGCCGGACCUCGACAAAAGUGAUUUCGUGGGAGAUGGCGCCGCCGUGGUGAGGAUUAUCAUCUCGGUCAUCUACUCCCUGGUUUGCGCGCUGGGUCUGGUUGGAAACCUGCUGGUCUUGUACCUGAUGAAGUCUAAACAGGUGUGGAAAAAAUCCUCCAUCAACCUUUUCGUGACCAGUCUGGCGGUGACUGACUUCCAGUUCGUGCUGACUCUGCCGUUCUGGGCGGUGGAGAACGCGCUGGAUUUUACUUGGCUCUUCGGCAAAGCCAUGUGCAAGAUCGUGUCCUAUGUGACAGCCAUGAACAUGUACGCCAGCGUGUUCUUCCUGACGGCUAUGAGCGUGGCGAGGUACUGGUCGCUCGCCUCCGCGCUCAAGGGCAGGCGGCGGCGGACGCACUGCUGCUCCGCGCGCUGCAUCACCGUUUUCAUCUGGUUUUCCGCCGUCUCCGCCGCCCUGCCGCACGCGGUUUUCUCCACGACGGUCACGGUGUCCAGCGAGGACCUGUGCCUCGUCAAAUUCCCCGAAACCAGCGGCGCCUCGCAGUUUUGGCUGGGGCUCUAUCACUCUCAGAAGGUGCUGCUGGGCUUCGUGGUGCCGCUGGGCAUCAUCUCCGCCUGCUACCUGCUCCUUUUGCGCUUCAUCACGUCCAAGAACAUCAACACCUCCUGCGCCAAACGACGCGCCAAAGUCACCAAGUCCGUCACCAUCGUGGUCUUGUCCUUUUUCCUCUGCUGGCUGCCCAACCAGGCGCUGACGGCCUGGGGCAUCCUCAUCAAACUCAACGUGGUGCAUUUCAGUUACGAGUACUACACCACUCAGGCGUACGUCUUCCCCGUGUCCGUGUGCCUGGCGCACUCCAACAGCUGCCUGAACCCCAUCCUGUACUGCCUGAUGAGGCGGGAGUUCAGGAAGGCGCUGAAGAGACUCUUCUGGCGCAUGACUUCGCCGACCCUGACCGCCAUUCGGCCGAUCACAGCCACCACCAAGCCAGGAGCGAACGGGCCACGGCAAGUCGCGGUCCCCGCCCGCGCGUCCGCGGAGCAGGCUGUGGUGUUUUACCCUCCGGGGGCAGUUAUGUACAAUGACCGGCGGAAUAUGCCGCAAAACAGCACUUAG